AUCCUUACCAAGAGGCGAUUUGGCACCUUGUGUUCCCCCAUUUGAAGCAUCAGCGGUAUCCGAAGCCCUUUCCGAUGAAGGCACAGCAGUCACACAGCACAGGGUGAGAGGACACUUUGCCUUGGCAAGGUAUAUUGAUCACCGAAACAUGCCACCAUGGCCAAUUCGUAUUGAAGCCCAAAAUAAUGAAACCUCGCGAUGUAGAUAAAACCAUCUUCAUCUUCUUCAGUAGUCAUUCCCAUGCUUCUUGCUCUUCAAGAAACGUCAUAUCCCGUCUGCAGUUACCGUUUCCUUCCUCCUUUUUCCUCUCCUUCAGUUCCCCUCGAUAUCCCUUUUUCCCCAAGUCAUUAAGAAUGACCAAAGACACCCCCUUCCGCCUCUGCCUCAUCUUCCUCCUCGUCAUGCAAACCAUCUGCUGGGCUCUCGCUCUCCUCGACCUCUUCAGUCCCGGGAAACCCCUCUCUCUCUAUCGCUCCUCCAUGUCCAUAUACCGCAAUUCCACGACCAUGCUUUCGCAAUUGCUAUCGCGGCGCGCAGCAGCAGCGGGAUGGCUGAGCUACAGGGAUCUGCGGACGCGGUUUUGAGAAGGAAAUGUUGAGUUGACGACGAAAUAUUGCCUACGUAUCAACCCUUCGACGAGGUGUACGGACGAUGACCUGCGAUAUAACCGCUACUCCAAGGCCUCGUUAAGGGUAUUGCUGACGAUGCGGCCCUUACGAGAUGCUUCACGACUGGGUCACCGUUCGACCAACUCAUACUUCUGCCUACUCAUGUGGGUUGCAAGUUGCAACUCAGAACGGCGGCCGAAAGCCCAAAGACGAAUACCGUGUAUACAACCGACGGGAGUUAGAAUCCAGACAAGGGGUGAAACACCUACCGCUCUGUAGCUGGCCCCUAAAUCCUGUUAGAAGAAACGGGAUGUGCGGAGGUAGAUUCUAGGCCUGGCAAAG